AUGGCGGCAGUGCCGUCAGAGAACACAUUACCAGGACGUGAAUCGAUUCAACCAACGGCCGACUCGUCGGCCCGACGACGGCGGCUCAACGUAGCCGUGAUCGGCGCAGGCGCCGCGGGACUGGCCGCUGCGCGCGAGCUGAUGCGAGAAGGGCACGCCGUGACUGUGAUCGAAGCGGGGGGAGAAAUAGGCGGCGUGUGGGCUUAUGACGAGCGGAUAGAAACGGAGGAUUUAUUAGGGUUAGAUCCUAACCGACAACAAGUCCAUAGCAGCAUGUACGCGUCGCUAAGGACGAAUUUACCCCGAGAAUUGAUGGGUUUUUUAGACUUUCCCUUCUCCGCGCCUUUACCCGGCGAUCGUCCCGAUGCUGACGUGGACCCGCGCGACGGAACCAGCGCGGAUUCACGACAGGAGGACUUUGAUAUGCGACGGUUUCCAUCGCACAGAGAGGUGCUGCGAUAUCUCUGUAGAGCGCAUAGGAGUAUUAGUACGUAUAGAGGGAGUUUAGGAGGUUCAGCAGGUGCAGCAGCAGGGAUUGGGGAUGGGGAGAGGGUGGAAGGGAGGGAGGAAAGGGAGGAGGAGAGGGAGUUUGAUGCGUUGGUGGUGUGUAACGGUCACUACUCACAGCCCAAGAUUGCAACUAUUGCGGGUGUGGACACGUGGCAAGGCAUUCAGAUGCACAGCCAUAACUACCGCUACCCAGAGGGGUUUGCAGGCAAGGUGGUGGUGGUGGUGGGAGCGGAGGCGAGUGGGCAGGACAUAGCGAGGGAGCUAGCAGCAGUGGCGCGAGAGGUGCACAUCUUGCAGAUCAAGCAAGCCAACGCGGAUGGGACAGUGGAGUUUGAAGAUGGGUUCACAUGUCAUGCUGACGUCAUCAUGCACUGUACUGGCUAUUCUUACUCCUUCCCCUUCCUUGCCCUGCACCCUUCUCUCCUCUCCGUCAACAAUGGCCGUGUGACUCCCCUGUUCCGCCAUGUCCUCCCUCCUGCACUCGCCCCGUCGCUCUCAUUUAUCGGCCUCCCCUGGAAGGUCGUCCCCUUCCCGCUGUGUCAGCUGCAGGCGCGCUGGGUGGCGCAGCUGCUGUCCGGCCAGCUGCCCGUGCCGCCCAGAUCCAAUAUGGAGGACGGCGUGCGUCGUCUGUAUGCGCGCAUGGAGGAGCAGGGCGUGCCUGAGAGAUACGCCCACAGGCUGGAUAUGGAGCAGGUGCGACCUAAAGGAGGUGGGCCCAGGGAGAAGUAG